AUGGUGGUGACCCAUCUCUCUCUGGAGCUGCGUUUCCAGGGGAAGAAGCUGAGGGGCUUCAGGUGUAAACUGACCCGCUCUGCACACGGUUUACUGUCCGAGAGCUCAUGGAGCAUCGCAGCCCAGAUCCUGCUGCCCUACCUGGUGUCCGGGCUGGGUAUGGUGGCCGCCGGGAUAGUCAUGGAUGGAGUGCAACACUGGGAGGUGUUCAGGGAGAUCUCCGAGGUGUUUAUCUUGGUGCCGGCGCUGGUCGGGCUGAAGGGGAAUCUGGAGAUGACAUUGGCAUCCAGACUGUCAACAGCAGCGAACACAGGGCAGCUGGACGAGGCUGAGCAGCAGUGGAGGAUGGUGCUCUGUAACCUGGCUCUCAUUCAGGUGCAGGCCACAGUGGUGGGCUUCCUGGCGGCCAUUGCUGCCGUGUGUCUGGGGGCUUUGACCCGGGGGGGGGUGGACAUGACUCAGGCUGCCAUCCUCUGUGCCAGCAGCGUCACCACGGCUUUCAUUGCUGCGCUGACUCUAGGUUUGGUGAUGGUGGCGGUGAUUCUUGGAUCCAGGAAGAUGGGCAUCAACCCGGAUAACGUGGCCACGCCCAUCGCUGCGUCGCUGGGAGACCUGAUCACUCUGUCUCUGCUCUCUGGGGUCAGCAGCCUCUUCUUCUGCUACAGAGACGUGUGGUUCCUGCCUCCUGCAGUUUGUCUCUUCUUCCUGCUUCUCAUCCCGCUCUGGGUCAUUAUCGCCCGUCGCUCUCCACCAAUCAGUGAAGUCCUGAAGUCCGGCUGGCAGCCAGUCAUCAUGGCCAUGUCUAUCAGCAGUAUUGGUGGUCUGAUUCUGGAUAAGACGGUGAGCAAUCCAAACUUUGAAGGGAUGGCCGUGUUCACUCCCGUCAUCAACGGCGUAGGGGGAAAUCUUGUUGCCAUUCAAGCCAGCAGGAUGUCCACGUACCUUCACUGCUGGACUGUUCCUGGAUCUGUUCCCGUUACGAUGAGUGGAAACUGUCCCGGACCCUUUGCUACCCUCUGCUCCUCAGAUGUGAACUCCAAAUCGGCGAGAGUCCUGGUUCUCUUCGUGGUCCCGGGUCACCUGCUCUUCCUGUUCACCAUCCACCUGCUGCAGGGGGGCCACAUCGCCAUGACGACCACCUUCAUCAUCUGCUACCUGUGUGCAGCGCUGCUUCAGGUGGUGAUUCUGCUGAACGUGGCCGGCCUGAUGGUGCGCUGGCUCUGGAGAAGAGGUCUGGAUCCGGAUAACUUCUCCAUCCCGUACCUCACGGCUCUGGGAGACCUGCUGGGGACGGGCUUCCUGGCUCUGAGCUUCAGACUCAUCCAGAUGUUCAAUUCUUCUGGGACUUGAGUUUGAAACAGACUCCAUGAGGGCAUUGUUCUCUAAAUGCAAGUGGGUUGAACACACUUGUAAUAAAGUCAUUAGGUUUAAGAAGGAUGGUGCUGAUUAAAAAACAAAGGAAAUUAGUAUGCUGUUAUAUUUGUGCCUCAAAACUGGGCAUCCAAAUUAGAUUUUCUUUCCUGAAAAAGGAUAGGAUUUUAUUUAUUUAUAGCAUUUUGCACGGAUAAACUACGAUUAUUUUGCUCAGAAUAUGCCUUUGUGCUCUGGAUUGAGGCACUGUGUAACUGUGUAGUGGAAAAGUGGCUGAAAACAAGACAGAAUAUGGUGAUGAAAGUGUGGACUUUUGAUUUCUAUAUUUGCUAAAUCACAGUGCAGUAGUUGUACUCUGAACCAAUCGAUACCCUCCAGCUUUGCUCAGUAGAAACAACAAGUUGGAUUACUGUAGAACAGCUGUUACCUGUUGACACAUCUGUAAACCUAUUGUCAGUCCUUAUGGUUCAGGUGUUUUGUAGUGAGGUUGUAUGAGGUACUAAUCCAUAGUCAGUGUCUAACAGACAGUAGAGGUGGUCAGCAACGUCAAAUAUGGAGAAGCAGACAGGAGUUACGGCACAUAAAUGUAUCAUUGCCACCUAAAAAACUAUAUUAUUUGAAAUGUAUGAUUUAUUUUUAAUAUCUUCACCUCUUUACCGACAGGGAACUGAACUGGUUUUCUUAAAAAGACCCUUAGACAGAGGGUGAAAAGAGGUGUACAGGCAGUAUGAGAAAAAUAAAGAGCUUUUUAAACAUUAAAGCAUGGCGACAUGAGACACUACAUACACAUAUGAACCUAACCAUGUGCUUAAUAGGGCCCUUUUGAAGUGAUAUUGAUCAUUUUAGGUAGCUGAAUUAGGUAUUUGUUAUGCUCCCUAGAAUCUGUCCUCCUGUAAAUGUUUAAUGUACUGCGUCUUUAUACUGUAGCAUUUUGUAACCACCACUCAAAGCGCUUUACAAAACACACUUUCACCCACUGAUGCAGAGACGACCAGACAAGGUGCCACAGUAGCAAUAAACACACACACACACACUUUCACCCACUGAUGCAGAGACGACCAGACAAGGUGCCACAGUAGCAAUAAACACACACACACACACACACACACACACACACACACACACACACAGAUGGCAGAGACGACCAGACAAGGUGCCACAUGCUCAUCAGUAGCAAUAAACACACACACACACACACACUCACACACACUGAUGACACGCCACCUGGAGCUCUUCGGGGUUCAGUUUCCCUCCUGUCUGCCUCUCCAAACUGCUGCAUGCCAACACUGACUAUAGAUAAGCACCCAAUACAGCCUCAAAAUAUCAGAAAUAUCCCUUUAAGGCAAUAAUUAUAUGUAACUGUGUGUAAAUGUAUCGUAACACAAAUCAGAUGCUGCACCGUCAUGAUGAAUGUUUAUUUUUUGUAGCCUAGGUUUGUGCCUUUUAAGCCGUAAUAAGCCUUUAUUGACUAGUAUUUGUAUGUUUUGUGCAGCACAGUUGCACUGAAUAUAGUCUGUUGUUCUAUUUUUGUCAAAUGAUUUAGUAUUCACUUUUAGAGAAAUGCUCGUCUUUACUGACCUGAAAAUGGCAUCCAAAAAUGGUAAUAGUCCUAUUUUCACAGUGACAUCAAGCGUGACUGUGGACUUUGCUUUUACAUUUGUAAAAAGGGAAAUCUAGGCAUAAUGUGUCGUUGAAAUAAAAAACUGAAUGCUGUACUCUGAAGGAUAUCUGUGUAGUGUGUCGAGUAUAUGGGAUGCUGUCUUUUAAAACUUAAACAGCUAAAUUCAAACCAAUAAACAAACGUUUUCUUUU